UUAAAGUACUAAAUUCAGUAUAGGCGUAACUUUUGAGUACACUAUGGUUCCCCCUUCGUUCUCGGAUCUUGGUAAAGAUGCACGGGACUUACUCUUUAAAAAGUUUUAUUUUGGACUGUAUAAUAUUCACUGCACGACAAAGAAAAAUGACAUUGAAUUUAAAGCCAAUAUUAGUGAUGGACCUAAACCAAAUAAGAUGCAUUUCAACCUGCAAGAAAAGUUCUCCUUUCCAAAAUAUGGUCUAACUAUGACGAAAAACUGGUCUUCCAACAAUCUAGUUGACGGAGAAAUAGUAUUUGAAGACAAAUUAGUUGACGGGUUGAAACAAACUUUUCAGAUUUCUCGCGAUCCUUUUCAAAAUUGUUUUCAUGCCAAUUUAGUCAAUUCUUUUCGAAACAAGCAUGUGAAUUCUAACGUCGAAAUGUUCUUCAAGUCUGCUAUCCCUGAUUUGUCCCCAUCUUUUGUUUUUAAUUACCAAGGCUAUUUGGUUGGUGCAGAUGUUAAAUUGGAUUGUACAAAUCAAAUUUUACAAAAAGCUAAUUUUUCUGUCGGUUACACAGUACAAGAUUUUAGUUUUCAUGGUUUAAUUACAAAUUGGGGUAAACAAUUUUCAGCCAGCAUCUUUCAACGUAUAACUGAUCGACUGCAUAUAGCAGGUUCAAUUACAUGGAAACGUGUUCCAGAUGAAACUGUUUGGGCUGUUGGAUCACAAUAUAUAUUAGAUAAUCAGAAAAAGCAUUCUGUGAAAUUGAAACUAGAUCAUUUAAAUCAGAUCAGUUUGGCUUUUACAACAUAUUUAUCAAAAAGUCUUCAAUUGACAUUGAGUGGAGUUUUCAAUGGUUCAGAUUUGACAAAAAUGGGUAUUGGUUUAGAAUUGAAUGCUUAAAACAUUUAUGAAUAUAUUAAUUUUUCUAUGAAUUAAAAUAAAACAAUAUGACUAUGUAUCAAUUAUAGAUGUAAAACAAUUAUGAAUGAAUUAGUUCACUUUCUCUUUGCCCCGGUUUCAUCGUUACAAUCAUUCUUUCAUCAAAUACAAAAGUAUUAGUUAUUUAGAUUGUUCAUGUUGAAAAUUUAUUCUGUCAUUUCAUUCAUGGUUAUGUUGCUUCUUUAUUGUUCAACUGUUUUCUUUCCACUACCACCACUUCCCAAUUAUUUAGUCUAUAUACUGCCAUUACAUUAUCCAAGUGUAUAUGACCUUUUGUAGGUGUGUUUUGCCUCUGCUUUUUUUUCUAAAGAUUUUUAUCUAUUGAUGAGAUUACAUGUUAAGUUGAAUCUCUUAAAAGAAUCUGUAUAUCAUCAUAAAUAUAGAUAGUUACAUGU